AUGGUGCAGACGGAGCCCAACUUGCUGCUGACGCUGAAGCAUGUCGCACGCUGUGGCGCAGUGCUGUCAUGCGAGGCCGUGGCGGCGCUCGACCACUCGCUCCCGAUCAAGCGGGCCGAGGCGGGCGUGAGGAGCUUGAAUGUCUGGGGUCGCAUCACAACCCGCAGCGGCAAGGACUACUUGAUCGCGGAGGGCGGCUGCGACACGGCGCGCGUGUACGGCACCCAGGUCACGUUUGAGCCCAAGAUUUUCUUCAGCCAGGACGGGAUCAAGUGGGCCGACCUGCCGCGUCUUGAGCCCGAGGCCGCGGCGCGCGCGGUGCGCAUCCGCACCAUGCUCACGGGGGACCCCGCAUUCCAGCACAACGCCGCAGAGGCCGACCCUGCCGCGGCCGCGGACGACGCGGGGGGCGGCGAGGGGGCCGCGGGCCCGAGGGUCGCCGUGACGGAGGCGCAGCGGCUGCGCGGCAUGGUGGACGCGAUCAACGAGCUGGCGGCUGUGCAGCCCGUGGGCUGCUGCGUGGCCAACGCCCACAACCAGCUGGUGACCAACAAGCUGUUCAGCGGCCUGGAGCACCCGGGCAAGCUGGAGUCGUUCCAGCACAGGCGAGCGCUGCAGCCGGACGCGUCGCUGGCGCAGGACGUGCGGGGCGGCUGGUCCGUUGCGGCCGACGCGUUCAAGGGGGUCACGCUGCUGCGCAGCCUGCUGUACCCCGGCUACUUCUUCUACUACGACAACAGGGGCCUCACCUGGGGCGGGUUCUACUCGGGGGACGGCCUGCGCAACAACGACCUCGCGUUCAUGCUGUGA